AAUCUUCAUGCAACUUCACUGUGCGCAACCGAGAUAACACGAGCUACCAGCACUUCACACGGAACUCACAAUGUGAGGAUACGGCAAAUAAAACAACAUGCGAAGAAUUCAAGCGGAUAUCUCACUUUAGUUGUGAAGAGUGACUGCGUCUUUGGCCAUUUGAUAUCGAUGUACUCAGAGAGACGUGCUUUAACUUCACUCCAAACUAUUUGAAUGGACCUAAAUACGCACAAUGCAGCCAUCAGCCAAGGGACUCUGAUUCUCACGGUCCCCGGAGAGCCGUGAGAAAACACGUCUGCCGUCCUCGCCGCGAACUAAAGCGCACUGCGCACACGGGACAUCUGGCGAGCUUUAACGCACAGAGGUGAAGCGCGACAGCGGCGCGCAGCAUCCAACGCACAUGCACAGACUCGCAAAUAAACUCUCAUUCCUGCGAAUAAUGAUAUUUUCUAGCGUUAUUUGACGAAAUUGUGACAUUUUAUGUCACCACCGGAUUUGGCAUCACUGCGAGUUCCUCAAAUUUGCGACAUGGCGAAAGCGAUAUAAGACUGUAGACCAAAUACAUUCAAAACAGACGAUCUCUAAUCGAUCGACAUGGAGGGUUCUUUGAAUAACCGUGAAUGCACCAACCUGAGCGUCCUCAACUGGGAGCAGGUAAGGCGUCUAGACGCGAUCCUCACCGAAUACAUCCCCAUUCACGGCAAGUGGAACUUCCCCACUUUGGAGAUGAAGCCUCGGGAUAUCGUCAAAGCGGUGCGGUGUCGUAUGGAAGAGCGUCAGAUUCACGUCCGCGAGGUCCGGUUGAACGGUUCCGCGGCCAGUCACGUUCUCCACGAGGACAGCGGGUUGGGCUACAAGGACCUGGACCUCAUCUUUUGCGCAGAUCUAAAAGGAGAAGUAGAGUUUCAGAUCGUCAAAGAUAUCGUUCUGGAUUCACUCCUGGAUUUCUUACCUGAAGGCGUAAAUAAAGAGAAAAUAACUCCACUGACUUUAAAGGAGGCAUAUGUGCAGAAGAUGGUCAAAGUAUGCAACGACUCCGACCGCUGGAGUUUAAUCUCCCUAUCAAACAACAGCGGGAAGAACGUGGAGCUCAAGUUUGUUGAUUCCCUCCGGCGUCAGUUCGAGUUCAGCGUGGACUCCUUCCAGAUCCACCUGGACUCUCUUCUGCUUUUCUACGAGUGCUCCGAGAACCCCAUGGCCGAGACCUUCCACCCCUCCGUCGUUGGAGAGAGCGUUUACGGCAACUUCACCGUCGCCCUGGACCACCUGCAAAGGAAACAGAUCUGCACCCGGAAUCCAGAGGAGAUCCGGGGCGGAGGAUUGCUGAAGUACUGCCACCUGCUGGUGCGGGGUUUCCGUGCUGCUUCGGAAAGCGAGAUGAAGCUUCUGGAGCGUUACAUGUGCUCUCGGUUCUUCAUCGACUUUUCGGACGUGGCGGAACAGAGACGCAAACUCGAGUCUUAUCUGCAGAAUCAUUUCGUGGGACUGGAGGACCGCAAAUACGAGUAUCUGACCACGCUCCACAGCGUCGUCAAUGAAAGUACGGUGUGCCUGAUGGGCCACGAAAGACGUCAGGCGCUGAGUCUCAUCACCAUGUUGGCGGUGCGCGUGCUGGCGGAGCAGAACGUUAUUCCAAACGUGGCAAACGUCACCUGCUUUUACCAGCCUGCGCCGUACAUCGCCGACGGCAACUUUAACAAUUAUUACAUCGCUCAAGUGCAGCCGGUCUACGCCUGUCAGCCGACCCACAGCUUCUCGCCGUGGCUGCCCUGCAACUAGCACAUUUUCAAAAAAGCAACAACAACAAAUGCAUCCAGUAAGAGCUUAUUGCUAAAGAAAAUAAUUUCUUAAGAAGUCUGCAUUUGAGGAAAACCCAAUACGCUCUCUGCAAGGGGAAGCUAGUUGAUAAAAGAUCAGACAUAAGAAGGGAGAGUGAGGUAAACUUGGAUGGGUUCCCAUGGGCCGGCACGUUUUAACUAGGCUUUACAUGGCUAUGUGCCCGGCCUACAGAAGCACAACACUGGCUGCAACAACAUGGACGCACACACAGGCUCCAGAUAUAGAGAGCACAUGAGUCAAGGCAGUUACACAAGAGAGUGUGUGUGACAGACAUACUUGAAGACUCGAAGAGAUUAAACCUGCAAACGGUGUUGAAAGGGCAGAUAGAUUAGCCAACAAAGACAUUUAUGCGCAUUGUUCUCAUACAGAAAGAACCGAAGUCAAAUGACUGGAUACUUUUCUCCAUCCAAGGAUGUUUUGUAGAAAUAUCAGAAAGCUGAACAGAUAACCCGUUUCAAUCAAGUGCCUUAAACUGAGGACAUUCAUUCUGUGUGUGUGUUUGUUGGUAAAAACACCCGCUGGAUUCAAGUUUGACUGGAAUUGUGUGUAAAGUGUGUAUACGGUUUCAUCUUAACAGCAUAAACAAGCGUUACUACGCAUGCGCACUUUUGUGACCCCGACUUAACUUCCGGUUCACAUUCACAAACAAUAGAGCGCCUGUAGAUUAUUUCUGAUGACAAGCAAAAGAAACCGAGAUGAACCUUUACUUGGCUAAACUUGUCCCACCCUUAUUUUGAAUUUAGACUGCAAUACCAAGCUCAACCAGUAGAUGUCAAUGUAACAUACGGUCACUUUAAAUGUGUAAAAACUAUAUACAUUAUAUAAAUUAUAUACAAUUGUUAUACGGUUAAAUGAUAAUAUAAAUGAAUAUUAACAUAGGUUAAAUAAAAUAGUUAUAUUAUUAGACACUAGCCAAACACAAACCGGAAGUUAACUGGGGGUCCGGCACGCGCGCAUUCGAUGAAACGAUCUAUACAGUGUGAGUGUAUAAAACCAAAUCAAUGACAGCCAGGGUCUUUCGAUACGACACAAUACACGAUACUGGGUUCACGGUACGAUACGAUACAAUACAAUUAAAAAAAAGAUUUUUAAAUAUUUUUAUUGUGUGUUAUAAAAUUCCCAAAUUGAUCAAUUUGUAGAUCCUUUGCAAAAAUUAUACAGGCAUUACUGAGAAAUACAACUUUUUCUAAAUGUUACCAAAAAAUUAUAAUAAAGGAAAAAAAUUAAGAAAGAUAAACCCCAAGAGAGCACAAAAAAUGACUUAUGUUGACACAACUCAACAAAUAGGAUUAAACAUAAUCAUAAUUGUAUGGCAACUUAUCAAGAUAAAUAGUUAGAACUAAUGAAAUAAAUCCACCUGAUGAUGAAAGAUUACGCAUACGCAAUUAUGCAUGUGUUUCCCUUUCAACUAACAUUCUGUUCUUAUUAUUUAAAUAAUGUACAAAGAAAAUUUUGAGAAUUUGGUGAAAAGGGUUUUUACGGAAGCAGUCAAGAUUUUACUGUAUAUACGUAUACGUUCUUACCAGCAUGCAGUCUUAUCUGAACUGACCUCAAUGUACCGUUGGCUCAGCGUUGGCUCAACGUUGGCUUAGCUCAGAUUAAAAUGUCCAGGGCAAUGCCAUUACAACUAAAGCAAAGAUGUGAAAUAGCUCUGCGCUGAACUAUAGGAGAAAAUGAAUGACCCACCUUGAAAUCCAAACCGUUGUCGUUAUGUCCAUGUAACCUGCCGACCAAACUAUCACAGUCACCAUAUCCAGCAACCUCUGACCUGGGAGAUUAAAAACAAAUUGAAUACAUGUAAGACAUGCAGAAGAUACACCAAAGAUAUUCAUGAGCCUGCAUAUUCCUUAAUACACUCUCAAAAAUAUUCAGAUUUUACUUAACCUUUGGUCAAAACAACAACCCAGGAGAGUGUACUUGCAAUUCUGUGAAAGUUACCCAAAAAUUCCCCAUUUUAUCUUUCCAUAAAGUCUGAAUCAGAGAACUUGAAUAUAUGUUGUGAGUAUUAGCGUUUCUUAUCGAAAAGUUCAUCCAAAUCAAUCGUAAAGGAAUGGACUGUAAACAUAUCUCUUAUUUUUCUACUGAUUCUUCUAUUUUUGUACAGUUUAUUGUGAGGUUUGAGGUCAGCUGAAGGUCACAGGACCUUUAUUUCAAUGCUGUGAAGAAUAAAUGUCGUGUUUUAUGAGUCAAAUAAAAAGCCGACCAAGAAUCAAUGCAGCAAGUUCUCAUCACGGCCUGCACACGGCUGGCUGCUCACGAGAAGAAUCCAUGUGUGUCUUAUCUUCUAAAUGAAAUGUGUUUGUGAAUACAGAUGUGGUCUUUUGAGCUCACAGCUGUCCAUCUUGCAAUGCAUCGUGUAUUUCCAACAUGAAUGACUCAUUAAAUGGUGAUUUGAGAAAAGAAGUCGCCUCAGUGAUGUUUGUGAACAACUGUGCACACAAGCGACUACUUCACCUCGAUCACUUCCUGUUGUGUGGUUUAAAACAAAACCCAAUAGCUGAUAAAGAGAAUGAUGUUUAUUGAGCUGAGUGAUACAGAAUGAUAAAGCCCACAACCAGCAAACGUGUCAGUUUAAACUAUUAACCCU